AUGAGUUCAAGUAGGAAUGGGAUGCGAGUUAAAGUUGCAGAGAAGUACCCUAAUGCCACGUACGUUCACUGCAGGUCCCACGUUUUGAAUCUUGUAAUCUCAAGUGGUUACAAAGCUGUGCGAUCCAUUCAGAAUCUGUUUGAUAACGUCAGAAAACUUACUUGGUUUCUUAAUGUUGGCGCCAAAACCAAAGAAAUAUUUCUUCGGACUGCCGCGGUAAGUAGGAAUGGGGUGCAAGCUAAAGUUGCAGAGAAGUACCCUAAUGCCACGUACGUUUACUGCAGGUCUUACGUUUUGAAUCUUGCAAUCUCGUGUGGUUGCAAAGCUGUGCAAUCCAUUCAGAAUCUGUUUGAUAACGUCAGCAAACUUACGUGGUUUUUUUAAUGGCAGCGCCAAAACGAAAGAAAUAUUUCUUCGGACUGCCGCGGCCACCGAUGACAGCGAGCUGUUGAGCGCUCUAGCUGCAUGUGCUGCUGAAGACGAAGAUGAAUCUGCCAAAACAUUGGAAGAGGGAAGCAAGCGACAGACUGUACCGAAAUUCUGUGCUUCUUGUUGGAGUGCAAAAGUUACUACCCUAUCUGCUCUUCUUGCUAAAUAUGGGUCUGUGCUUCUAGCUCUGGAUGAAAUUUCGUCGUCAAGCAGUGGUGAUGCUAAACGUCAUGCUUCAGCUUAUUCACGUCUUCUCCAAGACUCUGAAUUCAUAGUCGCUUUGACAGUAUCUCAGUUUGUUCUGUCAUUUUUAGCCCAAGUAACAAAGUCCCUACAAGCUAAGAGCUGUAACCUUGGCGAUGCAUACCAAAGCGUAACUCUGGCCAAAUAUAAUGCAUUAAAUCAGCAAGAGGAGAGAAAUCCUGACAGAAGGUGUGGAGUCGAAUCAGCCAGGUAGCUGACUCUAUCAACGUCACCCUGGGAAAGCCUCGUACAACGACUGUUCAACGCCAUUGAGCAAACGCCGCACACAACGAUCAGCCAUCAGACCACCACAGGACUAAUGUGUUCUAUUCAUUUAUAGAUCACGUUGUCGGUGAACUUGAAACGAAAUUUUCAAUCCAGCACGUAGCCCUGAUUACCACUCAAAACCUGUUUGCCCAAGUUAACUGACAGGCAUAUCGAGAAGAUCAAAAACUACUUCAGCAAGCAUCUAGAUUUCUCGGAGAAGUCUGAUUUUGACGCAGAGCUGGCAAGGUGGUGGAUGAAACAGGCGAUGGAGCCAGAGUCAGAACAAGAGGGAGCAAUGCCUUAUUGCAGUCUGCAAGAAUUUCCCGGCGUUCACAAGGUGCUGUCCAUCUUUCCA